UGUAGGAAAUCCGCUUGCGGCGGAUUAUUGUAAUCCGACAGAGGGUCUGGACGACACAUCGGAUCACGACAGAAGAGCAGAGCCCAGCGGCCUGUAACAGAUGCAGCUCGUCCCAGAAUAAAAGGGAUAAAGUUGAGAUAUGAUCUGACGCACUGCUCGCUGCUCCUGAACGCAUCAUCAGCGGCAGCGGCGCGCGGGCCGUUUGUUUCCUGGACCGUCUGACGGAGCUGACGGACGGCGUCUCGGCAUCACUGCACCGCGGACCACAGCGGAGAGGAAAAGCCUUCAUUUGAUAUUUAAAGACAUUUCCCCCCCUUCUCCCUUCCCCUUUCGCCAGUUUUGACACCAGCCCGGCUCGGCUUGGCUCGGCUCGGUCUGCAGAGAGAAGCGCUGCCGCUGACACACAGCUAGCUAGCGCGGCUAGCCCACCCCAGCUAGCGCGGCUAGCUAGUAAGGAAUUUAUCGAGUUUAGUUAGAAAUUUAGCAAAUUCUUUGACCUGUCAGCCAACACGGAGGGAGGAUGUCGGCGAAAGAGCAAACUAAACUCUCCACCAUUGAGCGACCUGUUAAGGCGGUGCCAUAUCCUCCCGGUACUCGCCUGACGGUCAAAGACCUGUACGUGGACGGGAGGCCCAGCGUGGAGCAGCUCAAGGCCCAUCUGGUGAAGGAGGGUCGGCUGGAGGAGGAGGCGGCUCUGCGGAUCAUCAACGAGGGAGCCAGCAUCCUCCGCCAGGAGAAAUGCAUGCUGGAGGUGGAGGCCCCCAUCACAGUUUGUGGAGACGUCCACGGACAGUUCUUUGACCUGAUGAAGCUCUUCGAGGUGGGCGGGUCCCCGGCUAGCACCCGUUACCUGUUCCUGGGCGACUACGUGGACCGAGGGUACUUCAGCAUCGAGUGUGUACUGUUCCUGUGGGCUCUGAAGAUCAACCACCCGAACACUCUCUUCCUGCUCAGAGGCAACCACGAGUGCCGGCAUCUCACAGAGUACUUCACCUUCAAACAGGAGUGUAAAAUAAAGUACUCUGAGCGUGUUUAUGACGCCUGUAUGGAUGCGUUUGACUGCCUCCCUCUGGCUGCUCUCCUCAACCAGCAGUUCCUCUGUGUGCACGGAGGACUGAGCCCUGAGGUCACCUGUCUGGACGACAUUCGGAAGUUGGACCGGUUUAAAGAGCCUCCUGCAUUCGGACCGAUGUGUGACCUGCUGUGGUCUGACCCGGGCGAGGACUACGGUUCAGAGAAGACCCAGGAACACUUCAGCCACAACAGUGUGAGAGGCUGCUCUUAUUUCUACAGUUACCCGGCAGUAUGUGACUUCCUGAUGAACAAUAACCUGUUGUCUGUAAUACGAGCACACGAAGCCCAGGAUGCAGGGUAUCGAAUGUACAGGAAGAGUCAGACGACAGGCUUCCCUUCUUUAAUCACAAUCUUCUCUGCUCCUAACUACCUGGAUGUGUACAACAACAAAGCUGCGGUGCUGAAAUAUGAGAAUAAUGUGAUGAACAUCCGGCAGUUUAACUGCUCCCCUCAUCCUUACUGGCUGCCCAACUUCAUGGACGUGUUCACCUGGUCUCUGCCGUUCGUUGGAGAGAAAGUGACGGAGAUGCUGGUGAACGUGUUGAACAUCUGCUCUGAUGACGAGCUGAUGUCAGAAGGAGACGACACGUGUGAGGGUGGAACUCCAGCUGUCAGGAAGGAGGUGAUCAGAAAUAAGAUCCGGGCCAUCGGGAAGAUGGCUCGAGUCUUCUCUGUGCUCAGAGAGGAGAAUGAGAGCGUGCUGCAGCUGAAGGGCCUGACCCCGACAGGAACGCUGCCUGUGGGAGUUUUGUCCGGAGGUCGGCGAACUCUGCAAAGCGCCACCGUAGAGGCAGAAGAGGCACGAGCGAUCCAAGGCUUCAACCCGCAGCACAAGAUCCAGAGCUUCGAGGAGGCCCGAGGUCUGGACCGCAUCAACGAGAGGAUGCCCCCCCGCCGGGACAGCAAGCAGACAGAGGCCACGCCCCCCCUCAACAACCUGCCCGCCAGCACCGGACCGCCGGACAAGAACGGCACCAACGCACAAGCCUAAACCGCCCCCCGCCCCCCGCUCUUUACCUCCCUCCCCCUUAUCUCCCCCUGUUCUUCCUCUCCUACCUUCCUUCUUUCCUUCCUUGCUUCCUUCCCUUCCCCUCUCGUCUCCUUUACGAGCAGGAGAAGAGGCAGUUCAGUCUGAGCGACUGUCACCACGCUUAAUUUAUUUCAUCAUCGAUUAAAUAUCAUCGUUUAAGACUGAACAGGAGAGAAUCUCAAGCGCACACGCGACGAGGACUUUUCUACCCGGGAGGCGACACCUUUCUGUCCGUCAGCGCUUUGUUUGGUGUCGAGGGAGGAAGUGACGCUCAUUCAAACGCUGUGUUCGUGCCCACACACACACACACACACACACGCACACACACACACACAGUCAGAUCCAUUCUUUCUUAUGCCAAUGAUAGUGUGACUGAGCUCUGAGGAGCGAGUAUUGACAUUUAUAUUAUAUAUGUAUAUUUUAAUUGUUCCCUCUUUUCAAUGUGAUGGGUUUUUUUUUUUUUACACAUAGAUUUAGGCUCAAUUAUCCAAAAGGGGGAGAGGAGGGAUUAAAGGGUUGCUUUAUUAUUACUCCGACUUUGGGGGCAGAAACUUUAAAAAACAAUCUGGUGGUGCAGCGUUUUCUGCACGGCGUCGACCACGCGGCAGAAACGGUUUGUAACUGAGCCACGAGUUCAGAUUUCUGUUUUAAAACGAUUUCUCUCUUUUUUGUUUUCUCAGUUCCAAUGACGUCAAACUCAACAAAGAAACAUCUGAGACGUCACAAACCCGAGCAGUCAGGAGGUCAAUAAAUAAACAUCCAUCGCUGCCGUGUGUCGUUUAGACUUUUUAUAACAUGUUGAAGUUCACUUCAUAAAGCUGAGAGAGUCAGAAGAGACGGUGAAACCUUGAAAGUCCCCGCUCACACAGAGACGUGUCGCCCUAGUAGCGGACGCUACAAAAACGAAGCGAGGGUACAUGAAAAACAAAAUAAGGAAACAUUACGGCGACGUCCACCAUCUCUUCAGUGAGAUCUGUAUGGACCCAGUUAGAAGUAAAGCCCGCCUCCUUCUUGAUUUGAUUGGCUGCUUCGGCUGACGAGCGCUGCUACUCCACGACUCGAACUGAAAGUUCAAAAUAUUUCUUAAACUUCCCUGAACAAACUGUCGCGCUGUACCCGAGGAAAAGAACGGUUUACCUGCCAUCGCCUUUUUCUUGUCCCUUUGUCCAAAAAAAAACAUUCCGUCCUACAUUACCCAUCAUGCAUCUGGAUGCUGUCUCUUAUUAGAGCCUUCCAGCCACAUCUUUCCAGUUCUGUAAGUAAAUCUGUGACGCGUCCAAACGACGUGUGAAGAUUAAACUUUUGCUUUUCAUAGCGUCCGAAUCUUUGAGACAAGUUCUCUUUAAUUAAAAAAAAAUUAGGAUCACGUCGUCAUACUUCGACGCUACUUUGGAGAAAAUGGCGUGAAACAAAGCUGACAGCGUGCAGGAAGUGAUGAACGUCCUGAUCAAAUCUUCAUAACGAUCGUUAUUAGACGUGCCGCCAACUCCCGUCCUAACUUUUGUUUCGACGUCAUGAAUCAACGCUCAGUGAAACACUGGUGCUCUGUUUAGUCGCCUGAAGUUCACGAGACGUUCUGCACAGCUGAUCCCAGAAUGUGCGAGCUGAGCGUCGGGUGUUAAACGCCUUUUAAAUGAAUCAUGAGGAGCCGUGCAUAGAACGCCGACCUGUAGGUGCAGACGAUCUGACUCACCUGUGACUGUGAGCGAGCUCACUUUCCUCUCGCUGCGUUCAGAGGUCUCAGAUGUUUUCUCUGUGAGUCUGAUGUUUGUGUGACUGAGAGAAAAGAGGGGCAAGCUGUAAGCGAGAAGCAGAGAUCUCCUUUAAUCGUGAAACAUAACGAGCAGAAAGAGAGAGAGAGCGAAAGAGAGGCUGCAGGUGUGUUCAGGUGUGCUGAUCAGACCCGGGUGGGUUUGAUUUUUCCCUUUGGAUCUUUAUUUUUUCGGGGCGGGUGGGUAAACUAUGUCGGGAGUGAGGCCUCAUUUCUGACUUGUGUUCGGGUCUCAAACAUAUCUCACAGAAUGUACAGAGAAAACUAAAAAAAAACAAAUCAAGGUUUCUGUUUUCUUUACAGCUAAAUUUAAAAAAAAAAAAGAUGUUUUUUUUGUUGAGUCCAUGUAUUGCGAGGCCUCUCAUUUCUGUAGAUGUUUCACUCCAUUCAAAUAAAAAAACAGAAAAGUG